UUUAGAAAUACUCAAGGAAACAUCAAGAGUUUUUAUUCAACAACAAUUGAUAAAUUUUCCAAGUGGCUUUGCAACUAUUGGCGGACAAAAAAGGUGCUAAAUAGGCGCCUGGAGCUGUGAGCGGUCAACCAUCAUUGCCCCGGAGUAUUUAGCACUUUUUUUAGCGGCAAGUAUUUAGUAACAGGUGGCAAGGAACUAAGUAUUUUCUGGGAUGAGUUGUGCGGCGCCAAGAUGCAGGACGCCGUGUGGACCCUGCGUGUCCAGUUGUAAACCCUGUGGCGGAGGAGGUUACUGCGGAUCUGGCUGCGGAGGUGGAUGCGGAGGUGGAUGCGGAAGUGGAUGCGGAUCUGGAUGCGGAAGUGGAUCCGGAGGUGGAUGUGGGAAUGGAUGCUGCAGUGGAUCCUGCGGAGGAUCCUGCGGCGCAUCAUGCGGCGGAUGCUGCGGCCCACCGCCCUGUGCCGUGGUCUCGUACCGCCUGACCUGCGGACCCGUGGGUCCCCUGCUGCCCUGCAUGAAGUGCACCUGCAACUGCGGAUGCAACGGCUCCUGUGCCCCACCCUUCUACUAUGUGCCGAACAAAUGCCAAAAUUGCUGGGAGUGGGGCUGUUUCGGACCCCUGUACUAGUAGUACCCUGUGUUACCCUGUUGUUGCACUUUUGAUGGAACUUUUCAUACUUGUGAAUGCAAUAAAUUCACGCGUCAGCCAGAGUU